GGCACAUUGCCAGCCAAACAGCUAUAUAAACCUGCGGCGCGGUAUAAGUCAACAAAAUUGUCAACAAUAGAAGCUCAACAUGGCAGAAAUGUCGGACAAUGACAAGCAGCAACUUUUGAAAAAGGCGGAAGAUUGGAUAGCUUGGGAUAAGGAUGAGAAGACCCGUAAUGUAAUUGCCAAAUUUUAUGAAGAAAAGAACUACAAAGAAUUGGCAGUUCGUCUAAAUGGAAGACUACUAUUCGGUACAGCGGGGAUCAGAAUACGUAUGGAUGCUGGAUGGACUCGACUAAAUGAUAUGACCGUAAUUGGAGUUACUCAUGGUUUUGCAAAAUAUUCGAAGCUGGUUGCCAAUGUUUUCAUCAAAAAUGGUUUUCCAGUAUAUCUCUUCAGCGCAGUAUGUCCAACUCCUGUAGUGUCAUACGCAGUCAUAAAGCUUGGAUGUGAUGGUGGCGUUAUGGUCACUGCCUCGCAUAAUCCAAAAGAAGACAAUGGUUAUAAGGCUUAUUGGAGCAAUGGAGCACAGGUCAUUGAACCCCAUGAUAUGAACAUUAUCGAAACUUUCGAAGCCGAUCGAAAGCCACGAGACGAAUACUGGGACAUUUCGGGCUUGGCGUCAAAUCCCAUGCUAAAAUCAGCCGAUGUGGUCAUCGAGCCAUAUUUCGAGGGUGAAAAGAAGUUGAUAUUUUAUAAAGAUCUGAACGAAAAGACCAAGCUCAAAAUAACUUACUCAGCAUUUCACGGCGUUGGUUAUCUAUAUGCGAAGCGAAUGUACUUCCAAUUCGGGUUUCCUCAAAAUACAUUCUUUUCAGUUAAGGAGCAGCAAGAUCCAGACCCAGAAUUUACAACUCUGAAGUUCCCAAAUCCUGAAGAGGGUCACAAGGUGCUAACCUUGUCAUUCAAAACCGCAGAUGAACAUGGAUCAACGUUCAUAAUCGCGAAUGAUCCAGAUGCUGAUCGAAUCCAAAUCGCUGAGAAGCAAAAAGACGGUCAAUGGCGUGUCUUCUCUGGAAAUGAGAUGGGAGCCCUCAUGACAUGGUGGAUUUGGAUGAAUUGGACCAAGCACCACCCAAAUGCAGACAAGUCGAACGUCUAUAUCAUCAACAGUGCCGUAUCUUCACAAAUCGUCAGAACUAUGGCAGAUGCUGAAGGGUUCAAAAAUGAGCUUACGUUGACUGGAUUCAAAUGGAUGGGCAAUAAAACAGCCGAGCUUCGCGCUAAAGGAAAAACUGUGAUUUUGGCAUGGGAAGAGAGUAUUGGCUACAUGCCCGGAAACUCUCUAGAUAAGGAUGGAAUCAACUGUACUGGAGUGUAUGCUGAGAUGGCUAAUUGGUUACAUGGUCAAGGACGAACAGUCUUGGACCAACUUUAUGCGAUCUACAACAAGUACGGAUUUCAUAUGAUUCGAUCCUCAUACUGGUUCACACCAAGCAAGGACACUACGAAAAAGUUGUUCGACUCAUUACGCAAAGAUAAAAAGUAUCCCGAAAAAGUCGGUGGUGUAGCCGUGAAGAGCGUUCGCGAUCUUACUAUAGGCUAUGAUAACUCGCAACCUGAUAACAAGCCAACUUUACCUCUUUCUACGACUUCCGAGAUGAUAACAUUCUUCCUGGUCAAUGGUAACGUAGCCACGGUCCGUGCUUCUGGAACCGAGCCAAAAAUCAAGUACUACAUCGAACUCAAAACAGCUCCUGGAAAGACAGAAAAUGACCUCGCCGAAGUAACGAAAGAACUCGACCAACUCGAAAAGGAUGUGGUCGACUCUUUACUACGACCACAAGAAUUUGGCCUGACAGCCCGGAAGUAGUAACGAAAUAUUCUGCCUCAAGUCCACAAAUACUCACAGUCCCAUGCUUGCCGUGCUUUUAACCACUGAGCUUUUUUUCACUUACUGGUCUCUUGUACUAACCACUCAAUAGUUAAUUAGAACGAUAAAUGAAUUGAAAUCAUACCUAAAUUUUUGAAUGACUCGUCCUUUUUCGACAAAUAAUUUUACUGAAUUUUAAAUUUUUACUAGAGCACCGCUCGAGGU